AUGGCCUCCAACGAUUUGCCAGUGUAUCCGACACCCCAGCAGGCUGCCUUUGGAGCUAACGGCCAACAAGCCCAGACUCGCCGCACCUCCAACAGACCCCACGCAGGGCAAGGUGGUCACCCGUACAAUCAACAAGCCCAGGGGUCAAAUCUACCGGACAUGCCCACCACAAGGACCUACAUGAAUAGCCAGGCUAGCUACCAGAAUUAUCAGCAUUCCGGGCAGCAACCGGCUCCGACCCGCCAGAACCAUCCGAACCAGACUCAGACGCAACCCCGCCCUACUCAGACCCAGAAUCUUCUGAAUCAGAACAUCCACUACCAACAGCAGCCACAGCAACAACAGCCACAGCCUUACCGUCCUCAGCAGCAGAUGAACCACCUGUACCAAUCCACGCCACUGCAGUAUCUGCCUGUGCAACAACAACAUCAGCAGCAGCAGCAGCAGCAGCAACAACAACAACAUCAGCCACAGCCUCAACACGUCCAGCAACAACUGCAUCACCAGCAACAGUUUUACCUGGCUUCCCCUCCGCUAGCUCCCCAAUAUCAGCAGUAUCAAGCUCCAGUACCGCAGUACCAGAACAACCUGCUGGCAUCCGUAUCACAGUAUUCGCUGUCUCCUCCAGCUCAAUCUCCGAUCACCCAAGUCACCAACAGACCGCCGCCGCCGGUGGAUGUGCCCAAGAAGUCUAACAAGCAGCGAUUGGAAACCGAAUUGCGUGCUACCUUCGAUCGAGUUGACACCAACAGGUCAGGACGGAUUUCUGGUCGCGAGUUGAGUCUGGCUUUGACCAACUUCGACAAUACUCGAUUUCAGGAGUCCACCGUGCGCUUGAUGAUCAAAUUGUUUACUAAUGAGUCGUCGUCAUCAUUGAACUACGAGCAGUUUGUCUCGUUGUGGAAGUACUUGACAGCAUAUAAGAAAUUGUUCGUUGCUGCCGAUGUUAAUAAACUGGGUGACAUUUCAUUUGGCGAGUUCCAGCGCAUCAUUGAGCAGAUCGGCUACAAGUUGAACGUUGACUUGGUGCUCCACUUAUUUCAGAAGUUCGCUAAUAAGGACUAUGUGGCCCAGGAGCCGGUGAUUAUUUCCAAGCUCAAGUUUGAUUCCUUCAUCGAACUCUUGGUGUACCUCCGUAAGCUUACGGAUAUAUUCAAACAGUAUGAUAACGACAAGUCUGGUGUGGCCACCAUCAACUACCUGGACUUCUUGUAUGAAAUCAGCAACUUGACAUAG